AUGACUAUAGCUAUGGAUAGUGCACGUGCCCACUUUUAUGGAUCAAAGAUUUCAGGACAGACUGAAGUCAAAAUUUCCUCCACCAAACCACCAAUCACAAACACAAAUGUUGUAGCUUCACUAGAGCCGCCACAACAAUACAACAACUCACCAAUCACCAACACAAAUGUUGUAGCUUCACUAGAGCCGUCACAACAAGACAACAACUCACCAAUUACCAACACAAAUGUUGUAGCUUCACUAGAGCCGUCACAACAAUACAACAACACACCAAUUACCAACACAAAUGUUGUAGCUUCACUAGAGCCGUCACAACAAUACAACAACUCACCAAUUACCAACACAAAUGUUGUAGCUUCACUAGAGCCGUCACAACAAUACAACAACACACCAAUCACCAGCACAAAUGUUGUAGCUUCACUAGAGCCGCCACAACAAUACAACAACUCACCAAUUACCAACACAAAUGUUGUAGCUUCACUAGAGCCGUCACAACAAUACAACAACUCACCAAUUACCAACACAAAUGUUGUAGCUUCACUAGAGCCGUCACAACAAUACAACAACUCACCAAUCACCAACACAAAUGUUGUAGCUUCACUAGAGCCGUCACAACAAUACAACAACUCACCAAUCACCAGCACAAAUGUUGUAGCUUCACUAGAGCCGUCACAACAAUACAACAACUCACCAAUCACCAGCACAAAUGUUGUAGCUUCACUAGAGCCGUCACAACAAUACAACAACUCACCAAUUACCAACACAAAUGUUGUAGCUUCACUAGAGCCGUCACAACAAUACAACAACUCACCAAUCACCAGCACAAAUGUUGUAGCUUCACUAGAGCCGUCACAACAAUACAACAACUCACCAAUCACCAGCACAAAUGUUGUAGCUUCACUAGAGCCGUCACAACAAUACAACAACUCACCAAUUACCAACACAAAUGUUGUAGCUUCACUAGAGCCGUCACAACAAUACAACAACUCACCAAUCACCAACACAAAUGUUGUAGCUUCACUAGAGCCGUCACAACAAUACAACAACUCACCAAUCACCAGCACAAAUGUUGUAGCUUCACUAGAGCCGUCACAACAAUACAACAACUCACCAAUUACCAACACAAAUGUUGUAGCUUCACUAGAGCCGUCACAACAAUACAACAACUCACCAAUCUCCAAUACAAAUGUUCACAUGUAG